GGAUUUUCCAUUUUCUGUCGAGUCAAGCGCUUCAUCUUAGCAAAUGAAGGGGAAAUAACGAUGAAAUCGACGUCAAAUCCCGUAUUUUCAGAAGUCAACGAAAGGGAGAGGAUCCCCAUACCGUGAAUUUCUCGAUGUCCAAAACUGCAAUUACGAUCGCACAUUGUAGUUGCAAAGCAGGGGUGCACGCAGCAGGAUCACGUGACUUUGUUGGGUUCCCAAUGAAACGUUUAAGGAUGUAAACACACAGACUUCUACGAAAAACCCGAAAACGGAUGACGAAUGUUGAAGUAUAAGUUAUGACAAAUUUACUAUUAUGAGUAUAGAAAUAGUGUCAUAAACAACUCCCUACGAUUGAAAAGCAAAUAUGGCUGGAGAGGUACCGCCGGUAGGCAUCGUCGUUCUUGGACGUAAACAUGUAGGAAAAACAAGUUUAAUCAAAGCUCUAUGUGGAUUGAAACAACACUUGGAAUGCGCUUCUUCCAGUGUGGAGCCAGUGUUAUACCCAUAUCCGAAAAACAAGGCGAUUGUUUUUUGGGACUUUCCUCCCUUUGGAAGCGACGAUGUAUCCAAUGAUGCAUCCACGGCUAGUGUCAAAGGAAUUAAAUUAGAUACCGAACUUUACGAAUGUGCUUUGCUUGUGUGCGACGAUGAACUCGCCGAGUUAGAUAAAUCAAUGCUCGAACAGGUUUUUAAGUUGAAAUUUAAAAGAGUAGUAAUUGUUCGUAAUAAAGUGAACGCUAGUAUAGAAUAUGAUCGCACUCGGUGUCUAGAGAACCACAGCCCCGAUCACGUGUUUUCUCAGUGCAUAUAUGGCACAGAAGAGUAUUUUGAAGCUUAUAAGCCUGACAAAAUCUUUGUGUUGGACACGUUUGACACAGACAAGUUCCAGUUCAAUGACCUUGACAUCUAUCUUCAAAGCGGCGCUGGCUAUAACAGAGCAAAUCCUGACCGAUCGUUGAGGCAGAAAAAGUCGGGAGGUAAACGGAGAAUAUCCUAUCAGGGCGAUGAUAUGUACCAGCCCGCCAAGAGAGACGACGUCUUCUCCGUCGAACAGCCCGCUAUGCUCACCAGAGCAGACGGACGUGCUUGCCGCACCACCGAGGACACUGAAGGCAAUGACGCAACGCGUUAUGAUGCAGGCACGAGCCUCGACUUUAGUAAAUGGAAAGAUGACAUUAGUGACUUAACAGCUGACGAAGACGAAUUAAAAAGUUUCAUUCUAGAUUUCAAUCAGUCUUCUCCAAGCAAGAGGCGAGAUCUGAUCAGAAGAACUCGAGAUGACCUAGCACGAUGGGAGACAGAAACACUAAACAUAGCUGUUACGGGUAAUGCUGGAGUCGGCAAAUCAAGCUUUAUUAACGCUAUUCGAGACGUCAAACCAAAUGAAGAUGGUUGGGCACGCGUUGAUGUCGUUGAAGGAACCAUGCAUCCAACACAAUAUAACCAUCCCGUCUUUCCGAAUAUAUUUCUAUGGGAUCUUCCGGGCGUUGGUACAGAACGUUUCAGACGAGAUACGUACAUGGACCAGGUUGAAUUUGAAAGGUACGACUUCUACAUUAUUGUUUGCGCAGGACGUUUUACCGAGAAUGACCUAUGGCUCGCCGAAACGAUACGUCAAAAGGAAAAAACGUUCUUCUUUGUCCGCACGAAAGUUCAGCAAGACAUCGAUAAUGCCAGGCGAGUCUACUCUGGACCACCGGUUUUCGACGAAAACUUCGUUCUAAGAAAAAUACGGUGGAAUUGUUUAGAUAGUUUACCAACAUCUCGGCGUGGAGAAGUUUUCCUCAUCGACAAUUACGAACCACACCUGUACGACUUUGGGAAGCUGGCAAUGGCUAUCAUACACCAUUCACCGCCGGAGAAGAGACAGGUGGCAACGUUUGGGACGUGUCUUUUGACCGAGGAUGUCAUCAAGGCAAAGGAAGAAGAACUAAACAAGCGAAUCUUAAAAACCGCCCUGAUGGUUGCCGUAACGGAUGUGUCUCCCAUUGAUGUGUUUGGCAUUUCUUCAACAGAUGAAUAUCUUCUUACAGAGGCACAUUUCUAUCGGGAGCAGUUUCAGCUAACAGAUGCGCACUUAGAGAAAUACGCUGCAGAUGAAGGUAAAACGAAACAAGAAUUUGUAGAGUUCAUGCAACUUAAGUCGACAAUACUUAGCCAAAGUGCUAAGAUACCGAUGUUUAUUGAAAUGCUAUGCCCCUCCAAGAUUAAAGAUAUUGUGCUUCCCGUUGUGACGACCUUGGCUUCCGGUGCAGUCUCGUUUGGAAUAGCGAUGAAGUUUCUGAGUGUUGCUUUGAAUGCUGCCGUUGAAGACGCGAGAAAAAUAAGGUCCAUAAAAUCAGACAAUGUAUAGGAUCCAGUUUAACUAAAAGAUAUUCAUUUACGAUUGCGAGAUCUUAUAGCAAAAUUGUUUCAUAUCCAUUAUUACAACGAUGUACGUUGAACGAUAUACACCAAUGAUGAAUACACAUUUUCAAAGAAGUAUUUUGUGUAACAGUUGUUAUGUGAUGCUUGGGCAUAGAUUCGAUGGACUGUUAAAAACGGUCUGUGACAGAGUGUAUAAUUAAAAAAACACCAUUAAGUUUUUUUUUUCUUUUUCAAAGUUUGAAAACUGUAAAGUUUUGAGUAAAUACAAACGGGAAGAUACCUUGCAAAAAGGGAAAACGAGCUUUCUGCAUACGUAAUGGUAUAAAAGAGGAAAUCAAUGCUGUGAGGUAGUUAAGAUUUAGAACACGACAUAUGAAUGGAUGUUCAUAUGGAUAUUCCUGUUUAUUAUAUUGGUACAAAAAGAACGUUUCAAAGUACAGUUAUUGAAUUUUUGAUUUGUGAAACCCAUUUCUGUUCAAUACAUAUGAAGUAUAUUUUGAUGGAUAUAUGUUUUAAUUUCAUGUGCGAAAAAUGUUAAGCACCAAGGAAUGUUCAACUUCAAAUCAUUUACCAUUACAAUAUUUAUUAUUUGGCAAAGCAUAUUCGAAUUGUAUUCAUACAUGAAAUGUAUGUUUUCAUGCUAUAGAGAUAUGAAAAAGAUGCUGAAUGUUCAAAAGUCAAUUAUUUAUUUUUCGUCACAUUGCAUGGUCAAAAUUGAGUUACGGAAGAAUACAAUGACAUUGUAUGAUCAUAUUGUUUAAUAACUGGCUUGAAAAGCUUGUUAAAAAUAUGUAUUUAGUAAUGUCUUCGAACUAAAAUUAUAUUUAACAUAAUAAAGUGUCAUGUCAUGGUCACGUUUAAUACUUUGAUUUGUUUGGUGGAUGCUUAUAAUCAUUUCAUUUAAAGCCACACACCUUGAAAUGAAAUACAUGGCAUAGUAAAUUUAAGUAUAAAUAAGAAACAUAUUGUAUCUAUGCCAUUUAGAAUAUAUCUGGUUGUUACAAUGUAGAAAUCCGUCUCUUUUUCGCUUUCAAACUUAAAAAUAAUCGCGUUUGUCGAAGUGGACGUAUACGUCUAGAAAUCCUUCUUUCGGUUUUAACAGCGGUACCGUUUGAAAAAUAAUAAACUACUGGCUAACUAAGCUAUAGAUUUAAUUUUAUCUUUCUCAAUUAGAAUAUAUCUGGUGAUUACAAGGUAGAAAUCCGUCUUUUUGCGCUGUAAAACUUAUCGCGUUUGUCAAAAUGUAUGUAUACGUAUUGAAAUCCUACUUUCGGUUUUAAAAUGUAAACAAAUAAUAAAUUACUUGCCAACUAGGAUAUAGAUUUAAUGGCAAUUUUGCACACUUUCAAAUUGCAUCUAUAUGUAUUGAUUAACGUGUACUUCUUUUCAAGGUGUGUAGCUUUAAAUAUUUAAUAUUGUUUUAUGUUGAAAGACAUUUCAUACAGUUGUUAAAUGAUAUUGUGGGGUUUAGUACAUAUCCGAGAUUUGUUAUGUGCUAUUUGAGUUAUUUAUAUACUUUAUACGUUCUGAAGUGAAAUUUUAUAUUAAUAAUCAUAUAAAUAGCGGUAUGUGCUCUAAAUAUAUUCAAUUAUGUGUAUAUUCAAUUUGCUUGUUUGAUGUGUAUUGCUGUUUUCAUUGUUAUGUAAAUAUAACAAUUUGUAUCAUUUAAGGCGCUAUUUAAACCCUUAGUAACCUCUUUCUCUUGUUAUUACCACUCAUGUUGUGUUCGUUGUUCUUUUUUCUUAUGUUUUAUCAGAUUGUUUUAUUUUCUGUCUUAUAAUUGUUUAUUUGUCGCCAAAAUGCAUGUUAGUUUAGUGUAUAACGUGGCCUGAGAGACAUAAUAAUGACAAGUUCUGUUCAGUGACAUUCAUGAUGAAUUGAUUAAUUGCUGUGUUUAGUGAUUUGUAUGUAUGCAUUAAUAAUUGUAUUAAGUUUUGAAGUGGCAUUGCUUGUUCAGAAAAUUAAUUUAAUGAAUUGAAAAGUGAAUGCACAUGUUCUAGCCUAGAUAAAUAACGGUGUUUUAGUUGCUCGUCAUAAUCGCUGACUGUUUAACACAUAUCAUUUAAUUAUAUUAAAUUUGAUUUCGAACAAUAUGAAACAUAGAUGGAUCAUGACAUUGAUUAUAAUCGUAAUAAGUAUCAUAAAAUUAUAUGCAAUACAUAAUGUGAUUUUCUGUACUCAAAGUGUGUGCAACAUAUGAUAUAUAUAUUACUUGUAAUUAAUAUGAUUCAAUCUACACACACUGUGCAAUAUGUGUAUAUUUAAUGAUGUCCUCUGUAUUAUUCAGUGUACUCACGUGUAUUGUGAACUUAUAUCAUUUACGUGAUGACUAUUAUAAGUAUUAUAUCAACAUAUAUUAUCUAAAGUUUUAUUAAAUUCUCAAAGAGAAUCGUUCAGUUAUUUUAUUGUGCUUUCUUUAUUUAUCUACAAAACAGAAAAUAGGGUAUAUAUUAUUUUUAUGAUACAUGUAUGAUUGUAUCAGAUGUUUUGCAUGGAAACAUUUUUUGUUAGAAUACAUAACCCCAAACUGUGCUUUGACAAUAUUAGGUUUAAAUUUAUUUGUUCCAAAUGUUUUUAUUGUAUUUUCAGUUUUCCGAAAUCCAUAGUUUUUCUUGUUAUUAUUUUUAUGCAUUAUAUACGUCCAAAGAAUGUUCCGUUCUUAAACUUCUUACAUCAAAGUAUACACUUUUGCAAAGUUCUUAAAUGAAUAUAAGUAAGGACACGUGCUUUUUGUUAAUUAAAUCUGAAACACAUUUACAAUGCGAAUUACGUGACUUAUUUUGGCAAGGUGACCUAAUGUACAUUAUGAUAUUAAACAAAAUAUAUUUCAAUCAAGUGAUUUUUAUUUUGAACGUAGGUUAUAUCUUGUGGUGUUUGUUUAUGUUUUCAAUUCGCGUUUUUUUUCUUUUUUAUGUAAGUACUCAUUUUUCUGACGACACUGAAGCAUUGAUUGAAAUAACCGUAGCCUAUAUUGUUUACUCUUUUUUGCUCACCUGAUUGCCCAGGUGAGCUUUUCUCACCGGUCUUUGUCCGUCGUAUGUCCGUCCGUCCGUCCGUAAACAUUUGCUUGUAAACACUCUAGAGGCCACAUUUCUUGUCCCAUCUUCAUGAAACUUGGUCAGAAGCUUUAUCCCAAUAAAAUCUCGGCCGAGUUCGAAACUGGGUUGUGCCGGGUCAAAAACUAGGUCACUAGGUAAAAAAAAGAAAAACCUUUAACACUGUAGAAGUCACAUUUUUUGUUCAAUCUUCAUUUAACUUUGUCAAAAUGUUUGUCUUAAUGAUAUCUUGAUUGAGUUCAAAAGUGGUUCCUGUGUGUUGAAAAACAUGGCCGCCAGUGGGCGGGGCAGUUUUCCUUUUUCGGCUAUAGAGAAACCUUGUAAACACUCUAGAAGUCACAAUUUUUGCCCAAUCAUCAUGAAAGUUGGUCAAAACAUUGGUUUUAUUGAUUUCUUGGACGAGUUCAAAAAUGGUACAGAUCGGCGAAAAAACAUGGCGGGGCAGUUUUCUCUAUAUGUAUAUAGUGAAAACAUGGGAACACUCUAGAAGUCACAGUUUUGGUCCAAUGUUCAUGAAAUUUUGUCAGAACAUGUGUUUUUUUGGAUAUAACAGUUGAGUUUGAAAAUGGUUUUGAUCGGUAAAAAAGCAUGGCCGCUGGGGGGGGGGGGGUCAUUUUUUUUAUAUUUAUCUAGUAAUAACAGCUUUUGAACACUAUAUAGUUUAUCAUGUCAAGGGAAGUAACUGCAAAUAAAAAUUAUGUUGAAUUGACAGAGUUGUCUCCCUUUUAAAAAUAUUUGUUUUAAGCACAAGAAGAUUAAGUGGAAUUAAUUAUAAAUGAUAGUUUUACAUUCUGGAAGAUACAUGUAGCAAACUUCUGAAUAUGUUUUUUAUUGUUUGAUAAUUCUGUACAAUAUGGCAUUCCUUUGUCAAACAAUUAAAGCAAGACUAUAUGAUUUUUAUAUGUGUUAAAUUGUAAUAUAUUGAUAAAUACAUGUUACAAUAACACAAAAUAGGCAAGAUAUUGAAGACGAAUUUCAUAAAAUGCAGCAAAGACAAAUUAGUUCCCCGAGCUGGUGGUGACGAAGAUAUUUCGUACAUAUUGCCCUACAAUAACCGAAGAAUUCGUCGUUUUAUUAGGAUCGGAGUUAGUGUUCGUGUGUCGAAUGAAUAGACAUCGCUUCAGGAAUUUAAAAACAACCAUUAAACUAAAUUAAGAUUCACAUCGUAUAUGCAUGAUAUACAUUCUGGCGAAUUCGACUGUACAGGCAUUUUCAAUUUCAGAAUUAAAUAUCUCGCUUAUUUCGCAUUUUUCGACACAUGUUCUUCUUAAGUUUUAUUUUAAAUUAUAUUGAAAUGUAUGACCUUGUUAACACUUUAGAGGUCACAUUAUUUUCCGAUCAUCAUGAAACAUGGUCUGAAGAUUUGUCCCAAUGAUAUCUUGGAACAUGGCUGCUGGGAGGGGGGCAGUUUUCUCAUUAUGCCCCCCCCCCUUUCGAAGAAGAGGGGUUAUAUUGUUUGUCUCAUGUCGGUCUGUCCGUCCACCAGAUGGUUUCCGGAUGAUAACUCAAGAGCGCUUAUGCCAAGGAUCAUGAAACUUCAUAGGUACAUUGAUCCUGACUCGCAGAUGACUCCUAUUGAUUUUCAGGUCACUAGGUCAAAGGUCAAGGUCACGAUGACCCGAAAUAUUAAAAUGGUUUCCGGAUGAUAACUCAAGAACGCUCAUGCCUAGGAUCAUGAAACUUCAAAGAUACAUUGAUCAUGACUCGCAGAUGACCCCUAUUGAUUUUCAGGUCACUAGGUCAAAGGUCAAGGUCACGGUGACCCAAAGCAGUAAAAUGGUUUCCGGAUGAUAACUAAAGGACGCUAAUGUGCCUCGGAUCAUGAAACUUCAUAGAUACAUUGAUCAUGACUUGCAGAUAACCCCUAUUGAUUUUCAGGUCACUAGGUCAAAGGUCAAGGUCACGAUGACCCGAAAUAGUAAAAUGGUUUCCGGAUGAUAACUCAAGAACGCUUAGGCCUAGGAUCAUGAAACUUCAUAGGUACAUUGAUCAUGACUCGCAGAUGACCCCUAUUGAUUUUCAGGUCACUAGGUCAAAGGUCAAGGUCACGGUGACCCGAAAUAGUAAAAUGGUUUCCAGAUGAUAACUCAAGAACGCUUAUGUCUAGGAUCAUGAAACUUCAUAGGUACAUUAAUCAUGAUUCGAAGAUGACCCCUAUUGAUUUUCAGGUCACUAGGUCAAAGGUCAAGGUCACGGUGACCUGAAAUAGUAAAAUGGUUUCCAGAUGAUAACUCAAGAACGCUUAUGCCUAGGAUCAUGAAACUUCAUAGGUUCAAUGAUCAUGACUCGCAGAUGACCCCUAUUGAUAUACAGGUCACUAGGUUAAAGGUCAAUGUCACGGUGACCUGAAAUAGUAAAAUGGUUUUUGGAUGAUAACUUAAGAACGCUUAUGCCUAGGUUCAUGAACAUUCAUAGGUAAAUUGAUCAUGACUCGCAGAUGACCCCUAUUGAUUAUCAGGUCAGAAGGUCAAAGGUCAAGGUCACAGUGCCAAAAAAAGUAUUCACACAAUGGCUGUCAAGGUCACAGUGACUCAACUUAGAAAAAUGGUUUCCGGAUGAUAACUCAAGAAUGCUAACGCCUAGGAUCAUGAAACUUCAUAGGCACAAUGAUCAUGACUCGCAGAUGAAAUAAUGAUGAAACUUGACCAGGAUGUUUGUCUGGACAAUAUCUAGGUCAAGUUUGACAUUUGGUAAAGAUUGAAUGAACCGACUCCUCUCAGGUGAGCGAACUAGGGCCAUCUUGGCCCUCUUGUUAUAUUAUAUGUAGCAUUUCAGAUGUAGCCGUCUUUAGUAUAGCCCUUUGUGACAAUGCAGUAUUAACUUUAUCGUGUUUCCGUUUCGUGUAUUUAUUGGGUUCGGGUUCAUAUGUAUAUACGGUUUGUUCAAUAUUCUUCGGCAUUAUAUUAGUUACUUUUCUUUUCGGGUUCUUGUUUUGUUAUGGUGGGUGUUAAUGUGUUUUCGCCUUAGCACAUGUCUUUAAUAUUAUUAAUUACCUCUGAUUACGUCAUUGUUUUAUGUUCAUGUAUGCUAUUUAAAUACUAGUAUAUAGUUUGAUUUCUGUUUCUGUUUUUGUAAUAUCAGGGUUCCUGAUUGGUAUAUUUUGAAUAGUCUUUUAUUGCCCAUCUUGUUGCAUACACCAUAAAUAAUUAAACACGAUUUUAUAAACAAACUUCCUUAUACCAUUAAAUGAAACGUAAGUUCUCAGUAUUGCAAAUGUUUUGAUCAUUUAGCGCAUACGAUUUUAUUGUCAACGUUUUUUUUCGUAGCGUAAACGAGCAGGUGCAUAUAAUCGAGGAAUUUUAAAUCCAAUUAACUAAUGUUGUAAUGGUACCAUAACUCAAAUGAACUUGAAAUUCAUAACAAUCCUUUUACGCCGUAUCCGACACAGUUACUCGCAUUUAUUACAGAAACAAACUGUUUUUCACUCUCUGAUCACUACGGCCAUUUCCGGGAGGCGAAAAGUUUAUCUCAGCUUUUCAAAAAUAGGACUGUUUUAUUUUUUUUUAAAGAUCCUAAACACACUCUUGAGAGAGACAAGUGUAAGAUAACAGAUUGCAUUGUUAGUCUCAUGAUUUUUGCAUAAUAUUAUCAAUAGCAUCAUCUGCAAAUUCCUUGCAAUUUGUUAAUUUCCUAUUUGUUUCAUGUGAUCAAGUCCUACUUCAUUAAAGAAGAUAUUAUUUUAAAUGUCCAAAAUUUAUUUUUGUAUUUUCUCGUGACCAUGACGAAUGUAUGAAGAUCACGGUUUUCCAUGUUUGUUAUUCGUUUACAUUUUUAUCAACUCUUGAUAUUUUGCCAUGCCCUUAUAAUUGGGAAAUACUGUUGCUUUUGUUUGAAAAAAACAUUUUGUUGUCAUUGUAUAACAUGGAGUUUGUUAAUAAAGUUGAUGAAAGUGCGUUUCAGAAACAGCAUGUCAGUGAGUGUUAUGUUUUGCAUGCCUGUUUUUCGCACUACAAUUAUGUGCAACUCUGGUCAGGAAGAAAUAUUUUGUACCUGUUUUAUUCAAUGUAAAUGUUUAAUUUAAUUAUUAUGUGUUUUGUAAUAUCAUAACGCUACAAAGCCUGACUUAAACAAGAACUGGACAUACUUGUACAUACCAAAUCUUUCAUGCCUCUUCAUCUUUAGUUCUAUUUGAUUGAAGUGUGUUCCUACAUGCAUGUAUCAUAAUUUAAUACAUAGUGCCGUUCAUAAAGUCAUGUAAUCUU